AUGGCGCCUAAGAUCCAACAAACCAAGGCCGCUAAGGUGUUAGCUGCUGCCGCUUUGGCUGGUGGUAAGAAGGGUAAGAAGAAGUGGAACAAGGGUAAGGUCAAGGACAAGGCCCAACACUUGGUUGUGCUCGACCAGGAAAAGUACGACAGAAUCAUGAAGGAAGUGCCCACCUUCAAGUUCGUGUCGGUGUCGGUCCUCGUCGACAGACUUAAGAUCGGUGGUUCGAUGGCCAGAGUUGCUCUCAGACAAUUGGAAGACGAAGGCAUCAUCACCCCCGUCGUCAAGUCCUCGAAGCAAGUUGUCUACACCAGAGCCGAGUAA